UGCUGCUGCUUCCCGCACGGGUGCGUUCGAGAGCAUGUCGGUGAAAAAACAGAAAUGCUUUUCGCAGGCCGACAAGCUGGAAAUAAUAGCGGCCCAUGAAGCAGGCAAAUCGCGCAUCGAGCUGAUGCGCGAGUACGGGUUGCCGCUAUCGAGCUUCUACCGCAUUAUACGCCAGAGGGACUCGAUCAUACAGCAGUGCUUGCAGGGCAAUGGCAAUCUUCGACGGAACCGGGGCGCUGGAUUCCCGCACGUCGAACGGUGCGUGCUAGAGUGGAUCCAUCAGCAGUUCGACCAGAGCCUUCCCAUGGAAGGGCCCACGAUAAAGGCGCAGGCAAAACUGUUCUCCAUCAAGCUCGGCAUCGAGGACUUUUGCGCCAGCAACGGUUGGCUGCACGGGUUUAAGAAGCGACACGGCAUAAGCUUUAACCGAUCGCAGCACGAGGAAUUCCGUCGCACGCUACCGACCGGGCCGGACGGGUUGGGUGCUGAUUGGGCUAGUCGCUUUACUGCCCUGCUGGACGAGUGUGACUCGAGCGAUAUUUACAGCCUGGUGGAAACUGGUUUGUUUUACAGCUGCCUGCCAGAACAAAUCGACCACUAUCAAGGGAAGGAUUGCCGCCACGGAGAACACGGCAAAGAUCGCGUGACAGUGCUACUUUGCGGUAAUGUUACUGGAACGGAUAAGCUUCCAAUUCUCGCUAUAGGCCAAACCAGCCGGGCUACGAUUGCAAAGGAUCUACCACCGCCUACCAUUGCCACCUAUGAAUGCAACUGGAACGCAUGGCUUACAAGGGAAUUAUUUCAAGCGUGGUUGAAGAAAGUGGACCAAACCAUGCGAGAGACAGAUAGACAAAUCGUGCUACUCGUCAACCACUCUUCUGCCCACGCAUUUUUGUGCAAUUUGACGAAUGUUAGAGUAAUAUUUUACUCUGCACGGUCCGGGGAAGUGCAAAGCCCGCAUCGCACACUAAUCCGCGCGUUCAAGCGCAACUUUCGCACGGAACUAGUCACCCAUCUCUUGGAGUGCCGGAAAAACGCGAUCAUACCGAACGUUAGCAUAGCGCACGCUGUUCAAGUUGCGGCUCAAGCAUGGGACACUAUUACCAGCGACACAAUAGUGAACAGCUUUAUGCAGCCGCACUGUUGGAUGGAUGGGCUGUGCGACAGUUCCGAGCAGAACGACAACAAAGCGGAUGCGAUCUGGCCCCAUGAAGCGGAUAGGCAGCUCCUCCUACUUGCGCAGAGCAAACCGUUACCAAACUUUGGCGAUUACGUGCGGGUGGAUGAGAAUGUUGCUGUCGCUGGUAUGCUUACGGACGAUAAAAUCGUAGAGAUGGUUAUGAACCUAGAGCAAACGGAUGGUGCGAGCGGGGAAAAUAGUGGUACAGAUAGCGAGAAGCUCAAGAUGACGGUCGGUAAAGCGAUUGUGAGUAAGGGCGAAAAACGGAAAACAACUUCUCCCGUAGUGCAAACAAACCGGCAACGAACCCAGCAGCAGCGUAUGGUUGCGAAGUUCACUGCAGCUAAGGCAACUUUGAACGAGAUGGAUGUUGAACAACAUCAUCAAACUGCCGUACGAAAAGAGGACGCUUUGGAUGCAAUCAAAAAGUUGCAUCAAUUCUUUGACCGGCACGACGAUACGAAUGAGACAACGUUUGAGAUGCUGUAUGAGCUGGAAAGGUGUGUCCAAAGCGUGAAGGAACACAGUAUUCAUAGUUUUAAAUAAAAAGGUAGAACAAAAACGUGCUACAUUUUA